AUGGCGGAUCUCAAACUCGACAACGAAUUCGGUUCGGAGCUUGCUGGCGCAGGAUCCCGCCCAGCUUUCGCCCACCUCGUGCGGUUCCGGCCCAAGGACAUCACGCAAAAAGAGUUCCCGACCACGCUCACCUUGACCUUCAUUCCUGGGCAGGAGGACUGGCAAGGGUCGGGCUGUGUACGGUUUAUGCUUGCGUCCAGUGUUAUCUUGCUCGUGCGGGUGCUUGUGGCGGACUCCACCGGCAAACCGUACGGGUACGCUCGGCUUCGGCUCGGUCGGGUGGGGGAGGGGGAGUUCCAGGUAGCUGGGGAGAUCAAGGAGACGGAAUACGUGUCGAUCCAGGACCAACUGCUAGGGUACAUCACGAUCAAUUUCAAGGUCACGCCAAACUUUUCCCUAAACUUGGCUAAGCUGGACAACCAGUUCGACACCAAGAAUAUCCCGUCGCUCAUCAGUGUGGUAUCGGCAGACUCCAAGACUCUGGGGCAUCGUAUUGGCGCGUUCCAAGGGGCAUUGCAGGUCUUGCAGUCCAUCGUACUGGACAUGCAGAGGCAGGGAGGGAUUGGCGCCAUCGCCGGGAAGCAGCUCAGCGUCAUCCUCGACCAGGCUUCUUCGGCUCAAGGGAUUGAGCUGUUCGAAGACCUCUUGUGGGAUAUGGCCACCCUAUCUUUCGUUCCCGAAGUGUUCCAACCGACGCUCACGUUCUUCCCUGGUAACGGCAAUGGUGAGGAUACCAACACAACCCGGGAGGAGAUUGGGGAGGGGGUUCGCAACACGACAGAGGCGACCAAGGCGAGCGUAUGCGCACAACUGGCUCGCUAUCCGCGAAGCUUCGCGUUGGUACGAGAUGGAGAAGAACCCGUCAUCUUGGUCGCAGACACGGACUCAGAUUACCAUAGGUGGACGGUGGUGUUGCGGAUAGCUUGCCAGGCAAACUCGGAGGUGGACGUAGAAAAAGCGAAGAAGCUCGUAAUACCGGAGUAUUGCAAGGACCCCGUCCACCCCGACCACCCAACGGCCGGUUGGCUUCGUAGAAAGAAGCGCGAUAAGCGGGCGUUGACUAGCUCAUUCGUCAACCGUUUCUUCAGGCUCGAAUACGAUGCGUACAUCAUGCGAUACACCUUCUCGUACGGGAAAGAUCCCUCCGACGACGCUACCCAGAUGACCAAGGUUGGACUAGACGAUGGCACGAGCGUGCUGCUCCCAAGCGUGCCACCAGUUCCUACUCCGUUCGCCCUUCAGAUCGUUGUUCAGCAAGUGAGCGACUUUUCUUUUUCUGAGCACGAUUCGCUGAGGGUGGUGGCGCAGCUCGGCUCUCUCCGGCAAUGCACUCGCGCUUUUUGCCCCAAGGAGUCCACGUCCAUCAAAUCCAACUUGCUGCUACCAGUCGAGCAGCAAUGCCUGGCGUACGGCAACACGAGUGUCUCCACUGGAAACGUGGGUUGGUUCGGCGAGGACGUGACCCUACCCGAGAAGCAGGAAGGAGGAGAUAAAAAAUUCGAGCUACUCAGAUUCUUCAUUGGGGAAGGGCAGGGGGCAAACGCCAAGACGGCAGUAGCCACUUGCAGCGUGCCUUUCGCUGACCUGCAGUUCGGUCGACAACAGGAUAUGAAUCUUUCUCUGAACGGUCCGGAGGUAGAAGACGCGGAGGAGUUGACGGUCGGCAUCACCAUGCGUCGACUUGGGCAGUACAAGACCGCUUGGCCCGCCACGAUGACCGCUCUUCUGCAAGCGGGAAGCACGACCUCCACCGAUCAGACGAUGUGGGAAGGACCUUGCAUGGUGAGAACAGCCCCGCAAGGCCUGGAGGUUUUCCGGCCGAUGGCCAACCCAGAGGAGCCUACCAAAGCCAUCAUGACCAUCGACUACUACUCCGUCGAGGCGAUGACGGACGUGAACGCGUCUACCCUCGACAUCGCAGUUAUAAUCGAAGACGAGUCUAGCGCGUUCAGCACGCAAGGCAGCGCCAGAAAACCUCCAAAACCUCCCGGUUCUCCGGGAACUCCGUCGACACUACCGCCUCCGUCCCCCCUAUCCGGCCCAACUCCGGGCAGCAGUCCGAUCCCUGGCACUCCUGGUGUGAGUCCGGGGGCUUUUAGCAGGUCUGGGGUGUUCGGCCUCGAUUCACCUGCACCCACAAGACCCAACCUUGACCGCCGCGGCAGCUUUGGGAUGGUAACACGAAAGGGCAAGAGCGUCUCACCCAGUAAGUCUCCCAUCAAGGACACGCGCUUUAGGUCGACCAACGGACGGGGGGACUCCGCCGCCCCGAAGAAAGUGACGGUGCCUCACGACUACUUCAUCCUGCGCAUUUCUCCCUGCCCGGCGGAAACUCUCAAGGAUCUGGUCAGUGAGAGGAGGUGGAUGUUCAAGUGCAGGAACAUGCUCCUGUACAUCACCAACAGGCUGCACCAGCUGAGGCAGGAAGAGGAAACGCACGGGGAAGGUGGACCGUUGGCAUCCGACCGCGGUUUGCGCGAAAAGCUGGCGAUCGCGUCCGCCGAAACCUACAAGAUGCUGCGAGCGGACAUGAGCGAGAUCAUUAAGACCUCAGACUGGAAGCGUGCGAGGGGAGUGGGCUUUACAGAGCGGAUGUCGGUGUACUUUGCAAAGCUGCUUGAGUCCAAGGCUCACCCGCUCUGGGGCUUGGACAAUCCUAUCGAUCCAACGGGCUUCGCCAGACAGGACUUGGACAGGGUCUUUUCGAGCCAAUACGUGCAAUCUGGAACGUUCGGGGCGGAGGCGCAAGGCAUCGAGAACAGUGUCAAGGGGGUUGGCUGGGCGUUGAAGAGCUUGAACCGCCGGUUUGACGAGACCAAGCUAUUCUACAACAACUCUCCAGAAGACAUUGUGAAAACAAGCCGCAUAUUCUUCCAGGAGUACUUUUUGAGGUGCACCGGAGAGCUAGGCGCCCACGUCAUUUCCGACAAUAUCCUGAAGGAGGUGCCAAUAGAGGUGGUGGUGGCGUUCGUCUGCUUCUUGGUCAAGAGGGACAACGCCUUCCAUGACCUCUUGGUCGACAACUAUCUCGAGCCCGACACCAACGCCUUCUUGACCUCCAUUCUAUCAAUCGACUCCAUGAUUCGGAGACUGACGAAGCGCACGGAGCUCGAGAUCGUGGCCCAGUGGCCCAACGAGGGAGAUAUCUCUGAAGACGCCACGCCGGCCUACCUGACCUCUCUGCUGGAGGACUGCUCCCCGGACGCGGAAAACGAUGGAAAGCUGUCGACCCGGGCGCCCGAAGAGCUCAUGAAACUUUUGGAGAAGUACGUUCCGCUGAUCUCCAGCCAAUGCCGUGCUAGGGGAAACCUGGGGGCCAAAAUCUUCGAAGGAAUGUUCGCGGCCAUGCCGUCGUUUGCGACGACUGCGGCAGCCGCUGUGUUCGCGUUGAACCAUGCAUCGAGCAAGGACACCACCACUCGCUAUUUGGCAGCCUUUCUCAAUGACAUGACCAGAUCGGCCGGCCUGGUGCAGGAGAUGAUCGACGGCAGCGAAGAGCACCUUCAAGGGAUCCCUAUCGAUGUAUCCGCCAUCCAAGGCGGUAUGUUCAGCGCAGGCGUGGAGGUGGCCUGCCUCCUGGCGGAUGUGGCAUUGCUGGAAAUGGACGCCGUCUGCGCUGAAUUCUUCCAGGCCGAUUGGUAUGCUGACGACGAGAACGCCGUAAUGCGCAAGGCGUGCAAACUGCUAAACGUCGGCAUCGCCCGCCUUGAGAGCCAGACAGUGAAGGAGCCCUUCUUUGACCACGUCAUCGGUGCAGCGACGGAAAAGAUCGCCUUCCGAUACCUGGCCGGUCUGGUGCAUCGGUGCAAAGAUCAUCAAUCCGGCGGAAAGAUGAUAACGGAAGAGGAGCUGGAGCGGAUGCAGAACGACGUGGAGAUGAUGCAGAGCUACGUCGCCAAGUACGGGCAAGUAGGCGUGACGAGCGUCUUGCACUUGAAGGAGGCAAUUAUUUUCUUGACCGAGAAGCCAGAAAUUAUCCAGCAGGUCGUCUUCGUCGACAUCCUCAAGAGGCACGAGGGGAAGGAGGAACACGUGAUGAGCAUGCUCAAGACGCUCACGGCCGUCCGGGACGAUCUACGCAACUUUUUCGUUCCCGCUUGGCUCAACAAGUUGACGCAAAAGCAGACCGCCGUGGUGCAAGAAAGGCAGAUGAUGGAGUUGGAGGGGGACGGCCGCGCAUCCCGCAUCGCGUUCGACGCGUUCGAGUGGGUGUUUCAAAGUGAAGUCACUCAACCUAAGGACGCCUAUGUGUACAAGUACCUCAUGCAAUGCCUUCAAGCCUCCAGGGUGCAGACAGGAGCACAAUGA